AUGUCGCAGCGUAGCACAUCCUGGGUUCAGAAGCCAUCUUAUUUACAGAUUCGAGGUGUAAACAUGGAAGACAUGGAUGCUUACGGUCAAGAUGGGGCAAAAGGAGAGUUGAGCAACCCGAAAGAUUGGGUAUUGUGCAGAAGCCUUCCCGCAACGCCAACGAGGAUCAUUCAUCAUCAAUAUAUGAUGUUACUCCUUCAAGAACCCGAGUUGGCCUAG